GGGGUUUUGGAAGCAUAUCGGGCUUCGAGCGGAAGAAAGAGCGAGAGGGGGCGAGCCUGCCGAAGAACUCUUCCUUUCUCCCGAUUCCCAGUUCUUGGAUCCAAGGCUUCAAGAAAUCGCUGUUCUUGGAUUGGAUUGCGUGGCUCUACGCGGGGCGGCAGGCACCUCUUCAAACUCGGCUGCACAAAAGAUAGGCAUCAGUGUCUUUGCAUUAUUCUUCCGCCCUAAGAUGUUACCUGGAGUUAGCAUCCUGUAGAAGUACAAUAAAGGUGGUAGGAAGGUGCUUACUCUCCGAAAUAUGCAGAAUAUCAUUAGGGGCUAAAUGCCGAGUUCAGAAACAAGCAGCACCUUGUAAUAAUGGCCACAGAGAGUCCAUUGAGAUUCAUAGAGAAUAAUGGAGCUGACAGCUGGCUCCUUGAUGAGGACACAUCAGAAUUUGCUUCAACAAGUAAUUUAGUUUCAGAAGAACUGGGGUUGCUUUUAAAAGGACAAAAAUACCAUGGGUCCAAGAACGUCAAUGGCCUCAGUAGAAGUGGAAGUGCACCUCCUAGCAUGGAGGGUUCUCGUGCAGCAUUUGAUAUCUUGAGAAACCAGACUGCUGACUUGGGUGUCAGCUUGGAGAACCUAAGCAAUGCAGUUCAAAAUUGUGGAUCCGAAGAACAACUCCGUGCUCAUCCAACUUACUUAGCUUACUACUGUGCGAAUGUGAAUUUAAACCCCAGACUUCCUCCGCCUCUUAUCUCUCGUGAGAAUCGGCAUUUGAUGCAACACAUUGGUGGGUUUGGGGACAAUAGAAGAAUGCCUUCAUUCGAUGACAACAGCAAGUCAUCUAUUUUAUCAUCUCGACCUGCCCUUCCAACUCAUAAUGAGGAGCCUGAGGAUGAUAGGUCACCUACAGCAGAAUAUAGUGAUUGGACAGAUAAGAAAACUGUUAUUUUUCCUGGGCAUUCAACACAUGUGCAAGGACGUCAUAUGUACCCCACAGACUUGGUACAGGAACAGACUUCAUAUCCUGUGUAUAGAGAUCAUUCCCACCACUCAAGCCACACUAUUAUUGAACAAGCAGCUAUACAAAAUGCCCUUUCAAACCAUCUAAAUGAUUAUUCAAAUGGCAUGACAAAUUCAGAGACAAGAACACCUGGUGCCCAUACUUGUACUCCUCACUUAGGCUCACAUUCAGUUGGAUUUGUGUUGAAUGGUGACACUGGUGCUGUGGCAGUUCCAGGCUCAGCGUCUACUGACAGGACAGUUAAUCUACACCAAGGUCAAAAAAAAUUGAGCAGUGGCGAUACCUCCAUAGACAAGAGUGUGCCACCCAGCAACAUUAUCUGUUUGGAUCGUGAUAAUAUUGAAGAUGAGAUGAAGAAUUUAAGGUUAUCUACUGAUGACCACAGAAGUCACCAUUCAUGGCAAAACUCUCAGCAAGUUGGCUUAUACACAACGAGCCCUUCUUCUCAUGCUCAGAUUGGUCAGUCUCAGAUUAUUGCUCAAGGAGUGACCCAUUCUCAAAAUACUGGGGAUCAUGUUUCUCACGGUCAACCUAAGCUACCCUCAGUUGAAAUGCAGCCUUUGUUGCAAUCUGCUGGCACUGUGCCUUCAUUGUAUGUCCCAGGAGCUGGAUAUGGAGCUCCAUAUUACCAUAAUUUGCAAUUCCCUAGUGUACUUCCUCUCCAGUUUGGCAUAGGUGGAUAUACCUUGAAUCCCUCACUAGUGUCUCCACUUGUUACCGCCUAUCCACCUCAUCAUAGUGCUAUGCCAAUGCCUUUUGACAAUGUCGUAGGCCCAAACUUUAGUGCUAGAGCUUCAGGAAUAUCCACUGGGGGAAAUGCUGUUCCUGGUGUUGACAUGCAGCAGUUGUAUAAGAUAUAUGGACAGCUGGGUCUAGCUAUUCAGCCUCCCUUUUCUGAUCCUUUAUAUAUGCCUUUUUAUCAUCAUUACUCUACGGAUGCACUUGCCGCUGCAGGUCAAUAUGAUUCAAAGAUCUCCAGGGGAAGCGCUGUGGGAAGCCCAGCAGGUACUUAUGAUCUUCAAAAAGGUCCAGGUUCUUCUGCAUAUUUACCUGAACAAAGGCCCCAAGUCAUGGGAGUUGGUGGUGUCAACACUCUUAAUGCUAUAAAAGGAGUCACUAUUAGUCCCGGCUACUAUGGGAAUCCUCCAAACAUGGGUCUCCUGAUGCAGUUCCCGGGCUCCCCGCUUGCCAGUCCUGUUUCUCAAGGAUCACCAGUGGCUAGGACAAGCUUUUCAGGAAGGAAAAACGACAACACUAAAUUUCCAUUCGGCUCUGAAAGAAUUACAGGUUCUUCCGGAUGUUCAUUCCAAAGAGGAGGUGAGAAGGUUGAUGAUCCUAUAUCAUACUCUUUCCUUGAAGAGCUAAAGUCCAAUAAAGCUCGUAGAUAUGAUUUAUCUGAUAUUGCUGGGCGUAUUGUUGAAUUUAGUGCUGAUCAACAUGGGAGUCGAUUCAUUCAACAAAAGUUAGAGACUUGUAGUGCUGAUGAGAAGGCAUCGGUUUUUAGGGAAGUUCUUCCACAUGCUUAUUCAUUAAUGACUGAUGUGUUUGGGAAUUAUGUCAUUCAGAAGUUUUUUGAGCAUGGGAAUCCUGAACAGAGGAAAGAACUUGCUAAUAAGCUUGUUGGCCAUGUCUUGCCUUUGAGCCUUCAGAUGUAUGGCUGUCGUGUAAUUCAAAAGGCUCUUGAUGUUAUUGAACUAGAGCAGAAAACACAGCUUGUUCAAGAACUUGAUGGUAAUGUCAUGAGAUGUGUUCGAGAUCAGAAUGGGAAUCAUGUAAUUCAAAAGUGCAUUGAAUGCGUACCAACCGAAAAAAUUGGUUUUAUAAUAUCUGCAUUCCGUGGUCAAGUUGCAAACCUUUCUACGCAUCCCUAUGGUUGUCGAGUGAUUCAGAGAGUCCUGGAGCAUUGUACAGAUGAAUCCCAAAGUCACUGCAUUGUUGAUGAGAUUUUGCAGUCAGCCUGCCUUCUUGCACAAGACCAGUAUGGCAAUUAUGUCACACAGCAUGUUUUGGAGAGGGGGAAGCCACAUGAGAGAAGCCAAAUAAUCCAUAGUUUAUCUGGACAAGUUGUACAAAUGAGUCAGCACAAGUUUGCCUCAAAUGUUGUUGAGAAGUGCUUUGAGUAUGGUAAUACUGAAGAAAGAGAUUACCUGAUCAAGGAAAUAGUUGGACAAACUGAAGGAAACGAUAAUUUACUGGUGAUGACGAAGGAUCAAUUUGCAAAUUAUGUGGUUCAGAAGAUUCUUGAUACCUGCACUGAUAAACAACGUGAGGUCUUGCUUAAUCUCAUAAAGGUUCACUUGCAGGCUUUAAAGAAAUACACCUAUGGGAAACAUAUUGUUGCUCGGGUUGAACAGUUAUGUGGUGAAGAUGUGGCUCCUGAAUCAUGAACCACGUGUGGUGGUUUCGACCAUGCUUCCCUGAUUCACCUAGAUAAGCUCCUCCACAGCUGCAUCUUUGGCUGCACCGAUGAUUGGAAAAGAACCAAAGUUCCUGGAGUUCUACCGGUUCGUUAUUGGGGGUGGCUAUCAACCACCUGCCUUUUACGAUGUACAGGUUCAGGGCUCCCGUAGGGUAGGUUGAUACAGUAGGUAUAUAUUGAAUGAGUGACAUGAGCUCAAGCUGGUAUAACGUGUGUAUUUGUAGGAGUCUAAUGUUAGGGGGUUGGAGUGUAUUUAAAUAUGAUGUUGGUGAAAUUGAUGGGGCUAAAUAGGUUUCAUGAUUUGAUUGAAUGAGUUGUUGAAUAGUAAUAUGGUAUGGUGAAGAAGCGUGUGUGACGACUUGGAAAUUAAAUUAUUGCUUGGAUUGUUCUGUGCUGCCUGCA